AUGGAACGCCAUAGCGUGAUCUCACCUACAAACGCUAACAGCUUCAGCCACGCUGCAACACCACCUUCAUCUCAUUCACGCGUUUCAAUUAGUAGUCGACUUAGUAUAUUACCUGAUGAUGCAUUCAAGCGCGAGCCUCAUUGUGGCGUGUGCACAAAAUCGUUUAAUAUUCUACGUCGUCGUCAUCACUGUCGUAGUUGUCACAUUGCCGUUUGCAAAGAGUGUGGAGGUAAAGCUAUUGAUCGUACGAAACCUGAACGUACGCGACCGCAGUGGUACUGUAUGAGCUGCUUGGAUGAUAACGCCUCACUCGAUAUAACUGGCUCACGCCCUCCUAGUGGCAAACGUCGCAGCUUUUCUACAUCGUUUAGUGCCCCGACGAAUGCACCGCAAGUCACAAAUUUGACGAGUACAGCCAAGUUUUGUAUUGAAUGUGGCUACGAAUUGCCACCUCGAGUGAAAUUUUGCAUUGAGUGUGGCACAUCAGUGCGUCCUCAGGUCAUGUCACCUGUGAGUGUUGAUAGUGUGGGAACAGCAGAAGUGGAUCGAGGAAAUCGAGGCUUUCGAGAUUCGUUGGGAUCUAAUCUUACGGUGAUUGAAGAAAAUAGUGGAUCUCCUACAGAACCAACAGAUGGAUCAGAUGAUGGUAUACCUGUGGAUCACGGACUUGAAGAUGCUGGGUAUCAAGAAAAAAACGUAAGUGACGAAAGUCUAGAGAAUGACGAUACGUGUAAAGCAAAAGAGUAUGAAGAAUUAGUCGCACAAUUGCAAGUGGAGAAUGAAAAAUUACGGAGUCGCGUGGAAAAGUUUAAACGUAAGAUUUCAGAGGCUGAACGUCAACGAGUAGAAAGGGAGGAGGAGCAUGCACGUGCUUUAUCAGAAGCUGCAGCCGCAGCAGCAAUGGCUUCUCCUGAAAGACUGACAGACAUCCGCAGAAUGUCGGAACCUCCACCAUUGACUUCGACAUCUGUCUCAGUGAAAAGUGACCCUACAAGCAACGGAAUAGGUGUCGCUGCAAAAGAUCAUCCAGAUUACAUGAAAUAUUUCAAAUUGCUGUCCAUGGGACUUCCUGCAGACCAAGUGAAGCUGAAAAUGCAAGCUUCAGGUGUGGACUCGUCAGUUCUGGAUGACCCAAACGCAGUUAUUGGAGGAAACCCAACCAGUAGCGCUUUAACUUCACAAGUUGAAAAGAAUGGCGUUUUGGUUAAAGAUGACGAGCAAUAUGCGAAGUUUUUCAAACUUUCGAAAAUGGGAAUGCCUUCAGAACAGAUCAAAUUGAAAAUGAGCGCGAGUGGCCUGAAUCCAGAUCUGCUUGAUACACCAGAUGCACUUUUGUCUGGAUCGAAUGGUAGUUCCUUAUCUGCUGCGGAUCCUAAUCAGACAAUGAGUGUGAUGGACGAUCCUGUAUAUCAAAAGUUCUUUAAGCUGUUAAAGAUGGGGAUGCCGCAUGCGCAAGUAAAGCUCAAGAUGAGUGCCGCCGGUUUAAAUGCAGAUUUGCUUGACAUGCCAGAUGCACCAUCUCCGAAUCAGAAAGCAGGCGGUAGUAAUGGCGGUCUCUUGGCUGGACUUCCGCCUCCAGCGGCAGCCGUUAAAGUUGAUACCUCGGCUUUACAAGCUAGCCUGGCCUCGAAGGCUACACAAAAAUCAGUACCUAACAAUAAAGAAGAAAGCCAAUUACCAAAGAAGGAAAUUGUCAAGCCAAAUGUCGAGCUAAGGCCGCUUUUUUGGACCCGCGUGCCUGUCAACGUCGUGAGUAGAACUGUGUGGAUGAAACUUAAUGACUCGCAUGCUGAGCUUGAUGUGGAUGAGAUGGAGUGGAUGUUUCGCAAAAAUCCCGUCGAUACAUCUAAAAAGCAAGACGAGAAGAAGAAAGACGCUGAUAAGGUCGUUGCUCAGCCCAAGGAGGUGCUUUUGUUCGAUCCAAAGAGACAGCAAAAUAUUUCAAUCGCUAUCGCUCGAUUUAAAUUAUCGUCAGAGGAUAUAAAGAAGUCAAUCUAUGCGCUGGAUGGUCAAAAACUUGGCAAUGAAGUGUUGAAUGUAUUAAUAUCAAUUUCUCCAACACUGGAAGAGAUUGACAUGUUGAAAAACUAUGACGGUGAUGUUAAAAUGUUAGGAAACGUCGAGAGAUUUUUUCUCGAUUUGUUAACUAUCCCACGGUAUACUCAGCGAAUUAAAUGUUUCAGAUUUAAGCUCCAGUUUGAGAAUCGUAUAUUAGAAACACAGGCGCAAUUGGAUACACUGGUCGCAGCUACCGAACAAGUGGCUGAGAGUGACAAAUUUCGUCGCGUCUUGGAGCAUAUUUUGGCCAUUGGAAACUAUUUGAAUGGUAGUACACCUCGUGGUGGUGCGUACGGUUUCAAGCUCGAUACUUUGAUGAAGCUGCACACGCUGAAGUCAAUCGAUCCUCGAGUCACAUUGAUGCACUUUUUGCUGCGUCAAUUAGAAGAAAAAAACCCUGAUGUUAUCACUUUUGCCGGCGAAGUGCCUCAUAUCGUGGAGGCAAAGCGUCUGUCACUCGAUCAAUUACGUGCUGAUCUAUCGUCGUAUAACACUGAGUUGGCUAUGCUAAAGGGUCAAGUUCGUGCUUCUCAAAAUGAUCACAUUGUUGGAGACAGGUUUUUUGAGGUGAUGACUCCAUUUGCUAAGGACGCAGAAGAAGUUUUGGAAGAACUUGGACGCGAUUUUAAUGGUCUAGAGACUUUGUACCAGGAGCUUGUGACAUCCUUUGGCGAAGAUCCACGGAAAGUUGGUCCUAUAGAAUUUUUUUCCAUCUUGGACGAAUUUGUGAAAGAGUUCAAGAAAGCAUACCGUCAGAAUCAAACAAAGGAAUAUCAAGCCAUUUAUGAAGAGGCAGCAGAAGCUCGCGUUGCUGCAAUGGCGGAAAAAGCUGAACGGUUAAAGCGGGAGGCUGAGGAGCUUCAGCGAUUAGAAGAAGAGCGACAGCAGAACUCGCACGAAACCAAGGCGAUUUAUGCUGAGAUUAUGUCCAUCAUCACAAUUUGGGCUGGAAAGCAUUCGCCAGGGAACGAAGAGACACUAAUUGAGCAGUUUAAAGACACUUCGCGAAAGUUUGGAACAAAUGAGAUAACAGGUGAUGAAUUUUGUGACAAGGUGCGACAGUUAAUUGGAUCGAAAUGCGCCAGCAAAAUCAUAUCCAAUUCGGUAAAUCUUAUCCAAGACAAGACAAAGCAGAAUGAAUUGCUGGAAGCAUUUGUGCGAUUUAAGGAACAAGUGAAGAGAGAAAAAGAGUUGAAAAAACAACAGCGCAAUUCAUUAGUAUCUCCAUCGUCUGGACGUGAAAGGGCAGGAUCGUCUUCUGCUGGUCGCAGACGAAAGGUAGUAAUUCCACCUGCAAUGAAAGACAUUGAACCUGUUGUCGGAGAAGAGGCCCAGCUACUACAUAAGUCGAUUUUAGAGUCAGUCUUGGCUGCAUUUGGUGGAGAUACGAAGAAGAUGAAGUCGUUUACAUCACAUACUCGCAAGUAUGGGAACGAGCAAAUUACAGCGCACGAAUUUUACCAAUAUUUAAUGGAUUCAUUUGACCCGGAUUUUGUUGGACGUCUCGUGCCAGAUCUUGCCCGAUUAUUGCAAGAUGCAGAGAAACGGCAUGCUUUGAUUCGAGCAUUGUGUGAGAGUGCACCGGGCUGGGCAAAGUUUGCGGGUUUAUAG